AUGUUCUGUGUGCAUUGUGAUAAAAUAAAAAAAAAAGAUCAUCACUGCUACAUUAAACCUGUAAAGGAGCAAAAAAAUGAAUCUCGACCCACGUUGUAUUUUUAUGAUUUUGAAACACGUGUAGAGGAGGGUGAUAUCUAUAUGACACCGUUCUAUUGCGUUGUACAAAAAGUCUGCGAUGUUUGCGACGAAAAACCAUUCGUGAAAAACUAUCAGCAUUUUUUACCACACCCUACCGAAUCGUUUGUAGAUAUCUCUGUCGAACCGGUCGUCUGUUGCGGUUACAGACAAUAUGUUUUUGAAAAAAACAACGAGGAUAUCGUGUCCGAUUUGGUGGAUUUCAUGAUGAUUCAACCCAAAAAUAGCGUCUGGGUUACACAUAACGGCGGGCGAUUUGAUAUUUUUUUAAUGCGUGAAUUAUUAGUUGAACGAAAACUCGUACCGAAUGUCGUCAUGAACGGCAGUAAGGUUAUGUCUUUAGAAUUGGAAGAACGUAAUUUGAAAGUAAUCGAUAGCUAUAUGUUUCUUGCAAUGAGGUUGGCUAAAUUUCCCGAAGCUUUAGGAAUUCCGGAUGUGACGAAGGGUUAUCACCCCUAUCUGUUUACAGAUUUAAAUUACGUUGGCGAGAUGGUGGGUUUAGAAUAUUUUGAUUUAGCUCCCGAGGGUAGCGAGGAAAGGAAAGCUUUUGAUAAAUGGUAUAAAGAACAACAAAGCAAACCGUAUGUGUUUCGUGAAGCGAUCUAUUAUUAUUGUCGUUUGGAUGUGGACAUUUUGAGACAGGGUUGUAUUAUUUUCGCCAGACUUAUCUAUCGGAUUACGGGUGUAUUACCCUUCUACGAUCGCACAUGUAAAAAUUUAAAAAUAUAUCGAAAAAAUUUUUUAAAAGAAGAACAAAUUGGUCAAGUUCCAGCAUGCGGUUAUGGAGGUGUGAAUAUCAAUCAAAGUGCCAUUGCAUUAUGCUGGUUGAAAGAUAUUACCCGCAUGCUAGAUGAGAACAAUUUAAAAUUAUGUUGUAAGCUAAGUGUUGGUGGGGAACGUCGUAUAAUGGGUCAUUAUGUCGAUGGGUAUUGUGAAGCCACCAAAACAAUUUAUCAAUUCCACGGAUGCUUCUAUCACGGUUGUCCCCGCUGUUAUGACGGCGCAUGCUAUAAUAGGAUAUUGUCUGCUAAAUUUUUCACACUUUUAACCAGCACAGAACGUUUAUCGCGAAUGUUUCGACAAGCAGGGUACACCGUUGUCGAAAAAUGGGAAUGCGAUUAUCGCAAUGACGUCGACAUGACACCGUAUCGUUUAAAACAAUUACGUCUUACGUCAUUUUUUGAAUUUAUACAAUUGGAACCACGUGACGCUUUGUUUGGUGGGCGUACAUCUCCCGCGAGAUUAUAUUAUGAUAUGACUGAUACCGGUUUACGCGCCAUGUAUUUUGACGUCUGCUCCCUUUACCCGUAUGUUCAAAAGAAAUUUGAAUAUCCGACACAGCAUCCCGUCAUUCUUAGGGGUCGUGAUUGUGAAAAUGUUGACGUCAACCAAGUGUUUGGUUUGAUCAAAUGUAAAAUUUUACCACCCACGCAUUUAUUAUUUCCCGUAUUACCGUAUCGUUCCGUGAAAUUAACAUUUCCCCUUUGCAGCACAUGUGUGCUACGUCAGCAAUGUGAGACAUGUCAACAUGACGAUGAGCAGCGCGCGUUGUACGGUACGUGGACGAGUAUAGAAAUUCAAAAAGCUUUACAAUUAAAUUAUCGUAUGUUAGUUGUUUAUGAAAUUUAUCAUGAAAAACGUGAAAAAAUAUUCGAUCAAUAUGUGAACACAUUUAUAAAACUUAAACAAGAAAGUAGCGGCGUACCGAAAAAAUGUUUAGAUCAAAACGGUGAGGUGGUGAAAGAGAAAUUACAAAAAUAUAUCGACGAUUAUCUAAAGCAUGAGGGUGUUGUUUUAGACGCCUGUAAAAUGUCAUAUAAUGUGGGUCAAAGAACGGUCAUGAAAGCUUUACUCAAUUCGUUGUGGGGUAAAUUGGCUCAAAAUGAAGAUGUCACUGUUGUGUCGUUUUUAGAUUGCAUGGAUGACUUAUUAGAAUUAGUAAAUGAUCGUACGGUGGAUGUCACCUCUUUGGAUUUUAUCAGCCCAAAUAUUGCGAGAACAACACACAGAAAGACCACCAGUCUAACACCUUUGCCAAAUCGUAACGUGAUUAUCGCGUCAUUUGUUACAGCGUAUGCAUGUCUGGAAUUAUUAGAGUAUUUGCUUAAAUUAGGAGAGAAUGUGUUGUACUACGAUACGGAUUCUGUGAUUUUUAUAGAAGACCCUGCGAACGGUAAAUUUCUUGAAACAGGCGAAUAUUUGGGUCAAAUGACCGAUGAAUUAGUUGAAAAAAAAACAACUGCAAAAUGGAUCACACAAUUUUGUUCGGCAGGACCAAAGGCUUAUUCCUAUCGUACAAAUGUCUAUACGCGUUUUAACGAUGACGGUAGCGAAAGUCAACAACAAGAUGAAAUUGUACAUGUAAAGGGUUUUUCCGUAAAAGGACCGGCAAAAAAAUUAUUAACAUUUGACAGUAUUCGAGAGUGUGUAGAAGAUCACGGGAAGGAAAUUGAAAUUACCUACAGGGAAUUUGUGCGAGAAAACACACAGAAUAUUUCGGUACAACAGAACACGAAAACCUUUAAAUUCACUUUCGAUAAGCGUGUAGUACAUGAAAAUUUUACAACUACACCCUUCGGUUACCGGUAAUGAUUUUUUAUGCCUUUUUUUUCUAGAAAACAAAACACGACUGUAUACACGACGUAACAAUACCGCUACAACAUCCUUUUAUGAUGACAAUAUGUGGACCGACACAAUCGGGUAAAACACGCUUGAUGUUCGAUAUGAUUAAAAACAUUGACGAACUAAUUGUACCCGUACCAGACAAACUACUGUACUUAUACACGGCCGAACAACCUAUAUAUGCUGAAAUUCUAGAUCAUGUGGAUGCAAAUCACGAAACAUCAGCACUUAAGCAAUGUGAAUUCUACGACUGUGCACGAUUGGGUAUACCCUCGCUAGAAGCCAUAAAACCAUUAUUGGGUGAACGCACUCUACUUGUUCUCGAUGACCUAAUGGUCCUUGCUUUAGCAACUAGGGAGGGUACUGAAAAUUUGAAUAACCUAGCUACACGCGAUAGCCAUCAUUUGAAUCUCUCUAUAUUUUUUGUAUGUCAAACGUUAAAUUACGGCAAUGGAAAAUUACGAAGUAUGCGAGUGAACAGCAUGUACCAUCUUCUGUUCAACAACCACACUGAUACUCGAGAUAUUGAAUUGAUAGCUCGCAAUAAGGGCAUCCCUCUAUCCACGAUACGAAAAAUAUUAAGUGAUGUGGGUAAAAAACAAUACGGAUAUGUGUUGUUUGACGGAUGCCCUCAUUCGCCAGCCAAUACGCGUGUUCGAACGGGUAUACUACCCAAUGAAUGUACAAUAAUUUAUAAUACAGAGAAACAAUUUGUGUAA